UUCUUUUUUUUUUUUUUUUUUUUUUUAAUGGGAAGGAAGGAGUAAAGUGAUGAACCGGGACAGAGCGGUAUCAGGGCCCGGAUCGGACGGAGUCCAGGCCGUGAUAAACCGGGACAGAACCGUAGCGGGGCCCGUGGCGGACGUGAUCCAGCCAGUUGUUAGCCGGGACAGAGCACCAAACACCGGGGACGGGGUUCACAUUCUGGUGAGUCCCGAAAACGGAGACGUGCUGGAGGGAGGAGCAGGCGAGAAGCGGCUCUUCUCCGGCGGGGUGCCCGGAGGAAGAGACGCUCAGGCCGUGGAGAACCACGCGGACCAUCCGCCGACCAACCCGGUGUUAGUCCCACCACAACAGGGCCCCAACGGCCAUCGGACCACCUCCUUCUCCGUCCUGGACAUCCUGGAUCCGAACAAGUUCACGAGCAGCCGGCGGCACGCGGGCCACCGCGGUGAGCGCGAGCUGAGCGGGUUUGAAGCGGAGAACCGGAGAGGAGGGACGGAGCCCAGUAAAGGCUGCUAUGGAGCGGAGGAGUACCAGAACAAGGACGGGUUUGUCUACAGAGGUCCAGAUGAGGAUGAGUACCACAGAUCUGCCACUCCGGACUCAGAUGCCCCAGACGGGCCUUACAGCAGUGAGGAGAGCAGCUCUGCUCUUCCUGCUAACGGGGACAGAGAACUGGGCCAGCACAGCCACUCGGACCCCAGCAGAGACACAAAGAGCCCCAGCGGAGGCCCCCCAGGUCAGAUCACCAGCAGCCAGACCAACGGAGGUCAGGGGGCCAAGCCCAAGAGGAAACGCUCAGGCUCAGACUCCAAGUCAGGCAAGCCCCGUAGGGCCCGGACUGCCUUCACCUACGAGCAGCUGGUGGCGCUGGAGAACAAGUUCAAGUCCACGCGUUACCUGUCUGUGUGCGAGCGCCUCAACCUGGCCCUGUCCCUGUCCCUCACUGAGACCCAGGUCAAGAUCUGGUUCCAGAACCGCCGGACCAAGUGGAAGAAGCAGAACCCCGGAGCCGACACCUCGGCCCCGACCGGAGCAGGAGGAGCAGGAGGUGCUGGUGGAGCAGGAGCCGGAGGGGGCCUGGGGGGCCUUAGCCCCCUCAGCCCAUCGCCGCCGGUCAGCGGGCAUCUGGCCAUGCACGCCAGCUACACGGGCCACCAUCACCCCCCCGCGGGGAGCCUGGUCCAGCUGCCCUUCCUCACGGCCAGCCACGUCCUGUCCCCAUUCAUGCUGGGGACACAGAGUUACGCUGCUCCUGCCUUCUACAGCACUCACCUGUAGAUCCAGGAGGACGUUGAACACUGAGAUGGACUGCAGCCUGCAGGCACUCACCUCCUCCUCUUUUUACUCACAUCUGAAGGCUUUAAUUUCCCAGGAUUACGUUGACCCUGAACAUGACAUGUCGUAGCUCCUGAUCCUGAAUGCUGUUUUAACCUCACUAAUAGAUUAAUAGUUGAUUUUAUUUUUCCCUUUUCUUUGUUUUUUAAGGUCUGUACAGAUACUGAAUGUUUCUUUCUGACCUCAGGAAUGGCUUGAUCUGUGGUCAGUUCUGUGUAACUCCAGCUGUGGUUGUUUUAAUUUCUAUUUAUUUAAUUUCUUAACAGUCUCCAUAAACUUUGGAUGUACU